AUGUCUUCACUGUUUUUAGAUAGAAUAGAGGCUCUUGCUGAAAUAUCUAAAAAAAAACUUACAAAAAUUCUGGACAAAAUACCUGGAAGAAAAAACCUUGUUAUUGAACCUAGUUUAAUGAAACCUUUGGAUAGAUUUAUAGGAGCUUCAACGCUUAGCUUGGGAUGUUUAUUUCAUGGAAAAUAUUCCAAGUUCAUUGCAAAUUUAUUAGACAAUUGGUUAGAAGAAUAUGGUGAACCAGAAAGACCUGAUUCAGACUUGGGGUGCAUUCUCGUCUUUGAUAGAGACAUUGAUUAUGCAUCUGUACUAUUAAUGCCUGGAACAUAUACUAGCCUGAUAUCAGAAGUAAUGAAUAUUUCAUCAGGCACAGUAGAAUUGAAACAGCAAAAUAAAGAGAAAAAAGAAUUGGCUAUAUCUAUGCAGUUAACUAGCAAUGAUGAAAUUUACAAUCAAAUCAAAAAUAGACACUUUUCUGAUGUUAAUGUUUAUUUAAAGCAAAAAGCUCAGGAAUUAAUAAAUGAAAAGAAUAAGGGAACAAAUAUGGGAAUUCAAGAAAUGAAAAAUUUUGUUAGCAAUCGACUGAAAAAUCUCAAACAGGAAAGUUUAGCUUUGUCAAAUCAUUUCAACAUAUGUGAAAAAAUUUGCAAUGAAAUGGGUAAAAAAUUUGAAUCCAUAAAUAAUUGUCAGACAAAUAUCCUGUAUGGAAAUUCAAGAAAAGAAGUUUUAACUGAAAUUGAAGAUAUGAUAAGUACAUCAGAAGAUGUGUUUCUGCCAUUAAGAUUAAUUUGUUUACUUUCCCUAGCUCAAAAUGAUUUUUCAGUUGAAGAAAGUAUGAAUUUAAAAAAGCAAUUCCUUCAUUCAUAUGGCUUUGAGCAUUUAUCUACAUUUUACAAUUUAGAAAAGCACGGUUUGUUUUCAUCUUCACCGUCUCCGGGUGAAAUUUCAGCAAAAAUUGCCAACAAAGUAGCUCAAGUUGUACCUUUUCCGAAAAAAAAUUCUUUUCAAACCACCGUCCAAAAAUUUAAACUAUUCCCUAAUUUAUCAAAAAGCACAUGCUUAAAGAAUCCUCAAGAUGCGAGUUACAUAUUUGGGGGAGCAUACAUUCCUUUGGUGGCUCAAAUAGUCACUUAUUUAAUUCGAAAAGAAAUGAGUUUAAAUGAUUUAGUUAAAGGUUUACCGUGCGGGAUAAAUGAAAAAUCUGAAACGAAAUUAAUUGGAAAUCAGGUUGAUAAUUUUAUCGAUAUUAAACCCAACAGUAUUUUUAUAUAUAUUGUAGGAGGUAUAACUUAUGCCGAAAUUGCCGCAUUACAAUUUCUUGAAAGUAAAACCGGAACUAGAAUUAUUUGUAGCGGAUCAAGUAUUAUUAAUGCUAAAAGUUUGUUGCAAAGCACAAUUUAG